GGUUCACAUAUUGAAAAGAAGGCUUAAAAUGUUAUAAAAAAAAAAUAACUGUUUGAAAAACAGCUCUCUAGGACCGCAUGCGCCUGAAUUUGGGGUUUGCGCUGCUAUUUGUUGGUAGCAUCGGCUGUCAGUCUGUCAGACGCCAUGUUUGGAGUCGGAGAUUUAGCAGAUUAGGAAAUAGACGAUUUGGAAUGGAAUGUUGUCGAUUAUCGACCCCCGAGUUGUGGUUGCACGCAUGUCACUAGUCGUUGCAUUUCUAGCACAGAACUGCAGUUUUUGUAAAAAUAGAUCUUUUGCUUGGAUUGCAAAAUAUAAUAGUCGUGGAACAAUUACACACGCCUAUUUAAUAAACACCGACGAUGUCAAGUCGUUGACUUUCCAGUCUUGUGCGUCACGCAAUGUGCAAAAGUUCUGUUCAGUUUUCUAAUUAUUUUGUAUUGCGGUUUUAACAGAUGAGUUCUCAAUUGUAGAAUGACAGCGGAGCUAAUGGCCAAUGGAACUAAGGAAAAAUGGGAUCCAGCUUUGUCGCGCUUGUUGUCGUCUCUGCAGCAAGCCAAGGAAUUGCCCUCAACGGAAGAAGAUUUGGGAUUUUUGAGUGAAUUAUUACAAUCCAAGGAACUUCAUGCCUUAGUUAACGUUCACAAUAAGAUAAUCAGUAAUGGCGCUAGCGAUAAAUUUUUCCCGAUGUUGUCGACAUCGAUGCAUGUUAUGGUGGAUGUUUUGGAAGUUUUAGCGGCUAAAUUGCAAGUUUCCGAAGAAUGCAAGGAGUUGUUUUAUUUGCUUCAGAAACCUCACGUGCAGGGAUUGCUAUACUCCCACGACGCCAUAGCCCAAAAAGAUUAUUACCCUCACUUGCCUGAAAUACCUCAGGAGGCUGACGAAGACGAAGAAACCAUAAAAAUCGUGCAGCUCGUAAAAAGUAACGAACCCUUGACUGGGGCACAAAGUGCUGAACCAAUAGUCGGGGCCACGAUAAAAACCGACGAAGAAACGGGUAAAAUAAUCAUAGCGCGAGUGAUGCACGGAGGGGCUGCAGACCGCUCCGGUUUGAUUCACGUGGGGGACGAGGUCGUGGAAGUGAACUACAUAAAUGUUGAAGGCAAGACACCAAACGACGUUCUUAGUAUUUUACAAAAUUCAGAGGGAACAAUUACGUUUAAACUAGUCCCUGCUGACAGCAAAAUGAACGUUCGGGAGAGCAAAGUGCGAGUGAGGGCCCAUUUUGACUACGAGGCCUCAAACGAUCCGUAUAUUCCCUGUAAGGAGGCAGGGUUGGACUUUCGAAAAGGCGACGUCUUGCACAUCGUGUCGCAAGAUGACGCUUAUUGGUGGCAAGCCCGGAGAGAAGGCGACAGGAAUAUGAGGGCCGGACUGAUCCCAAGCCGGGCCCUUCAAGAACGCAGGAUAAUCCACGACAGGACUCAAGCAGCAAAGGACGGUGACGAUGGGCUUUGCUCUGUUUCAGCUUUACCUGUGUUAACCUGCAGUCAGUCCCCGAAAUCCCCCCGUUGCGCAUCCAAACCCAAAACUAAAAAGAUUAUGUAUGAUACUGCAGAAAACGACGAUUUCGAUCGAGAGCAGAUCGCGACCUAUGAAGAAGUGGCCAAACUGUAUCCAAGACCGGGGAUUUACCGACCCAUUGUCUUGAUUGGAGCCCCCGGAGUGGGCAGGAAUGAGCUCAAAAGGAGGCUGAUUGACACCGAUCCCGACAAAUACAGAACACCAACACCGUUCACCAGUCGCCAAAUGAAACCGGGCGAAGUGAACGGAAAGGAGUACUUUUUCGUCCCUCGCGAGAAAAUGGAAGAGGACAUCGAAGCGAGCAAAUUUAUCGAAUUCGGCGAAUACAAGGGUAAUUUAUACGGAACGUCCGCCGACAGUGUGAAAGCUAUAGUGAAUUCGGGCCAUGUGUGCAUACUUAACCCGCAUUACCAGGCCCUUAAAAUGUUACGAACUCCCCAACUUAAACCGUACAUAAUUUACAUCAAACCGCCGCCUUUAGAACGGUUGAAGGAGACGCGGAACGCAGUGCACGCGCGCUCCACCUUCGACGUGAACAAUUCCAGGGGCUUUACAGAGGAAGAAUUCAACGAUAUUAUAAAAUCAGCCACCAGAAUCGAAUUCCUUUACGAGCACUUCUUCGACGAGGUGAUCGUGAACGACGACUUAGCCGUAGCUUUUAGCCAACUCCUCGCCGCUGUGAACCGCGUGGAGUCCGAGCCGCUUUGGGUGCCGGCGUCGUGGGUUCAGUAAAGCUUCGUUGUUUUGUUGCUGUUGAUGUAUCUGAAUUUACAAGUCUUAUUUUAUGGUCCAGGCAACGAACAAGUUGAACGGAAUUUUUGACAAGGCAAGGAAUUCGUAUCUCGAAAAGGGUACGUGUUACGAUAAAUCCAGUAAUUAAACAAAAUUGCACUUGUUGAAAUUUACUAAAAGGUGGUGUUUUUUAUUUUUUUGUGUCUCAAACAAAACGACGAAAAUCGCACGUUUUAAACAACGGUUUUUUUUGUCUACUUUACUUAAUCUAUAGGUUUUCAAAUUAAAAUAUGCAGAAUAUACCUGAAUUUUUAAUAUAAAUCACUGUGAAGUGUUUAAAAAUGUUGAAAGUUUUUUUUUCAUGAUUAUUUAAAAUAAGUAAGACUACGGAUUACUAUAUGUUAGGAUGCGAAACGACGUAUAAAAAAACGGCCCUGUCUUCAAUAGUUCAUUUAAUGUCGCCAGAGAGCGCAGUUCCAUUACCGCCUAAGUUUUCAGAGCAAUGAAUUUGAAAAAAUGGUUGUAUUUGUAUUCGAAAGUAAAAUAACUAUUAGGGGCGCCACUGAGCUAGGUCGAAAACAGUAACCAUAAAUGACGAGAGAAUAUUUAUUCGGGUAUUUUGAGCGUUGUACGAAUUUUGAGGCUUCACAAUUACAGUAUUGUAUUUUUGGUGCAAGAAACAAAUGUUGACAAAUUAGAGAUGACCACGGAAACACGAAUAACAAAUGACUGUUUGGUUCCUUUUCUUUAUUGGAAAAUUAUUACAAAGACAUUGAAAAGCCUACCUUUUGGAACAAUUUAUGUUUAAAUGUAUCUGCAGUUAUUAAUUAAUCUUAAUUGUAGUUUUGUAGAUUUACCAAGUAUUACAUGAUUUUUUCAGUGGAAAAAUUCUAAGCUAAAAUUCACAUACUUCACUAACUUAUUGGUUUCUUGAUUCCAAUAUGUGUUCGCUGUGAUCCAUUUCUUAUAGUCUUUAAUUCCACAACUGCUUAAUAACACUUUAUAACACUGUGUAAUCAAAAUUUAAAUCUUUGUCACUUUUUAUGCACCUUAUACCACGAAAAACCGCAGAACCAAAGUCAAAGCUAGUAUUUACUACCACAUAUUUUUAAAGUGAUUACCUCUAAGGUAAGUAAUUAAUACUGUACACGCAAAAUUGUUAAACAAUUCAUUAAAUCUUUAUGAAAUGUGGAAUUAUGAAAAUUUUGUUACUGUUUUCGAUAUAGUUCAAAAGUCAUUACCAGAGGGCGGGCGUCUAGUUAAUUUUAUUUCUGAAUAACGGUUAACACAUAGCAAACAAAAACAUACAGGCAGAUAGACCAUUAAAUUCUCAAUAGAAAGAGAUAAAAGUAAUGCAAAAAUCGUAUCGUAAACUAUAUUUUAAAAAAUUGCUAAUAAACUUUUACUAAUUUGCAUUCUAUAUUUUUCAAAACACUGCGAAAACUUUUACAGAUGCAAAAAAAUGUUAGGAAAAAAGUUGUAGAGGAUUAAGUUUUCUACUGUUCAUUAGUUUCAUCAUUUCAUUAAAUACCAAAGACACUUCAAAAUAUAAGCCACGCAAUUUUUACAAAAGGAUUGCAUCAAUUGUUGAUCUGGCUUUUGUAUUCCAGAUUUUAUUCCGGAAUACAAAAGCCAGAGAUUAUUUAAUGAUUAUUUAUAAUGAUUUAAUGAUUAUUUAAUCAGUUGUGCUUCUACGUGUAAGACCAUCACAUAUCCAACUAGUAAUUCAUUAAAAUCGUUUCUUAUGUACGCUAGUUUUAAUGUUAUUGUGCCUUUAACAUAAUAUCUGAGUAUCAGUUUUUGGGAUUUUCAAAGUUCUAUAUUAUCUUUACUUUGAUAUUUGCUCAGAAUAUUUAAUACAACAUUAAGGUCAGGGCGCGUUCACAACAUUGCGUACAAUAAAUAUACUUGGUGAUUCAUAAUUUUCAUCUGAAGUAAGAGCGACAUAGGUAAUUAAUUUUUUGGUGUAAACACUUUUGCAAUCACUCAUAUUAAAUUUGUAUAACGCAGAUUUUAAAUAAUUGGUCUAGUGGUAUAACAUUUUCCGUGCGUUCAAUGUUUAUUCCUAAAAAUAAUUUUAACUCAUUCCGGUCUAAAAUUUGUCAUUAUCGUAAUUACUAAAAUCAUCGACACAUAAAAGCACAUAAAUACUUUUCUUUAAGUGACCAUGUUUAAAAAAUACAAGCAGCGAUCGACCUCUGAAUCAGUAAAAUUUCACUCUUUUAAUAUUGUAUCAAAUCUUUCAAAACAGCACCUGGCUGAUUGUUUAAGCUCAUUUUUUAUGUAAUCGCCAUUUUUAUGUAUACAAGUCAAAAAAUUGUCAUAUAAAUUUCCUCCUUUAGAGUUCCUUUUCUAAAGGCUGUUGUAAUAUAAUUCUUGCAACGGGUGCAAGUGUUUCUUGCUGGUCACUUAAAUAUUGUUGACUGAAAUCUUUCUCUACUUGUGGAACUUUGUAAUGCAAGGGGUUUCCGUGUUCAUCGUUUUUUAUUGUGAUCUUUCAGUUAGAUUUCUCACCAAGGAUUUGACAACCAAUUAACAAAUUAAUAUCUUUGAGAUGUUAAUAAUAAUUAAUAAAAAUAAAUAAUUAAUAAAAUAUCGAAACGUCGCGAAAAAUAUAAGUUUUAAUUACUCUCUGCCCUAAACAACCACCAGUCUCCUAGCUCUUGAUACUUCUUGUGUUCUAACUAUAAUUUACAAGAAAACUGAUUCAAACUGGCUAAUAAGCGGGUUUGAAAAGCAUCUUAUGGAUACGUUAAAUAACCUUUUUGACAAAAUUAGAGAUUUCUUUCAAGCAUCUUAUGGAUACGUUAAAUAACCUUUUUGACAAAAUUAGAGAUUUCUUUCAUCGGUGAUUUGUUAAGUCUUAAAAUUCUUUAACCAAAUUUUAUUCCAAUGAUAAGCAAAGUGAAAUUAACGUAUUUAAUUCGUAAUUUAAUCAAAGGUGACAAUUUUAGUUUAUAAAAACAAUUUUAAAAAAUUUCACUUAUAAGUAGAUCCAUAAAGGUUUAUUUCGAUUACUUUAUUUUUGAGAUUAGAAGGAAUCAUAAUAUGAAGUAAACAAACAUACUAUUUUACAGUCAGACAAGCCUGCUAAAGUCGGUAAUACUCGGUAAAAAUAUGAUUAUUAAAUAUUUCAUAAUAGUUUAAAGCUUUAUUUUGGUAGUAAAGAAAUAUUUGAAAGUAGUUUAACUUAAUAGAAAUUAUUAAAGUAAGUAGACUUUACCUUAGUUUUAUGUGUAAGAACUACAAUUAUACUAUUAUACGAUUGAUAAAAUACAAAAAAAUUAAGGAACAAAGUUUUGCAGAGAAUUAAAUUAGCUAUGAAAAAAUUCGCGACUUCUUUUUUCAUCUUCAAUCUUCAAGUUUAAGUUAAUUUUAAGCAGCGGUAAAAGGAAACGAAACCGUCGCUUGAGCGUUUUCAGGGUCUAAACCGUUGAAAAUAAAAAUAUGAUCUUGGGGGCUUUUUCCAAGGAUUUUUUUUCUUUCAAAGUAAAUUAAAUUUAGCUCUUUACACUUUUCUUCUUACUUUUUUUUUGUAUCUUUAACCGUAUUUGCACCGUUUCGAAAAAUAUUGGACGAAGCGAAAAUUUUAAAUCUUAAAUAAUUUUUUCGUUAGUCGUCAGUUUUUUUUUCAGUUUUUUAAGAACGCAAAGCUCAACAUUUCUGUAUUUUUUAAGUAAUUAGUAAAUUGGACGAUUUUAAAACGAUUUGUCGUACUAUAUAUUUUUGGCGAUUUUGUAUCUCGUUUCGUCUCCUAAUCUGUAGUCUUCCUUAGGUCAGAGUUAUAAAAAAUAGCUCUUAUAAUAAAAUUUGAACAGUUUUUACAAUUUGCCAAAAAUUCUGUUUCCAUUAAUGCGUUCAUUGCCUGUACUAUCUAGUACCAAAGCUGUUGUUACCUAAUAUUUGUAAGUUAUAGAUUUAUUUUCUUUAUCGUGUCGUAGGUAAAAUUCAGUGUACAACCUGAUGCCAAGUAUUGUAAGUAAGGUAAAACGCGGAUUGUUUCAAGUAUUACAACGCUAAAUAUUCAACAAAGGCUUUAUUUCGUGCUCGUUAACACGAUGGUGUUACACACUGUCGACAAUCUUGGUGUAAAAAGCACUUGAUACUGCAUCCGCAACUUUUGAUAUUUAGCGUAAAUUUUUCUAGUUAUAAACGAAAUGCCUAACUAAAUUUAGCUAAUGAAGCUAAUUGUUGACUUUAAUAUACUUAAGCAAUUAGGGAUAAUAAUUAGAUUAUUAUUAAUCGUUAUCCUGUUUUGAAUAUUACCGAUAUUUUAGAUGUGAACACUGCCAUUUCGUACAUGAAUUAAAUUCUAAAUCGAUGUUUUCUCACUUUCAGUUGCGUUUCGAAAUGUCCAUGAGGAUUUUUACAUUUGUUACUUCGAUAAUAGUGCCUCCUAUCUUCUCCGAUUCGGUUACACUGCUUGUAAUCACCUUCUUUUUAGACAUGUGUGCUUUAAAACGUAGAUUUAAUUGCAAGAUACGGUGGUUUACUAAUCUAAACUACACUGUCUCGAAAACCGAGUCACCCACUUGCAAUUUUUUUUCAUCCGUCGUUUCGUUUUUUGUGCAAUUUUAUGCGGUGACGUUAAUAUCACUCUGAAGCGCUAAAGAGUCACAUUUCUUCAAUUUUGCGAAUAAUAUUUUUUUUCAAUUCAAUAUUUUAAGUUGUUUUGUAGACGGACAGAAAAACAGUAAAAAAAAUAAGUUUUAAGUUUUAUCAGUUGUUUUUUAUGAGGAUGAAAUUGAGGUAGGUAUACGUAUAAUUUGAUUUUUUGUCCAAGAUCUGUUAUUUAAAAUUAUUAUUAUUUGUUUGAGAAUUCUCAAAGGGUUCAAGCUUGUUGAAGAUAUGAAAAAAAUGGCUAAAUUUGAUAAAUGAUUCGGAAGCUUAAUUUCUUUAGAAAUGUUAUAAGAAAUUGGAGUUUGAGAUAAAGUUAUAAAUUCUAGUUUUUUUAAAUUGCAAUUUUAAUAAAUUCAGUCUUCAAUUUAAAAUUUGAAAAGCUAUUGUGAAGAAAAAAUGUCAGACAUUUGAAUUAAAAUCCUACAUUUAUGUAACAUGAGAUAGAAAAUAUACUCAGUUAGAGCAAGCCUUAGAAGUGAAGUGUAACUUUGGCCAUAUCAUAUGCUGUGUAAAAUCAACAUAAGACAACAUAACUUUAAACGUGCGGCCGUAAAUAAACUGCUAAAAUGUGGCUAAAGUUCUGCAGGCACAGCUUGCUCCAAUUGAGUAUAUUUUCGAUCUCAUGUUAUUUCAAAAAAAUUAAGAGGUUUUAUUCGAGCUAAAUCUUUAAAAAUUUUGUUUCAAAAUUUAAAUUCAA